UACCCAAAUGAUUCCGUACUAUCCAACCCAUACCAGAAGGUGAUCUACAUAUCUUUUUUAACAUAUGUUUAUUAGCUUAAAAUUUAAAUUUAAAUAAGAUGCUUAAAAUAAAAAAUAAAACAAGCUGUGAAGGUGAACAUGUAAUGUUUCUCGUGUCGGUGUCCGAUCCAAAACAGAAAAAGCAAAGUUAAGUCUUUUCUGGACUGCCAUUGACUUUGAGUUCUACCUUUCGUCUCCAUUCGAUUCCCUCUGCCGAGUUUGAGGUUCUCUCUCUCCUCUCCUUCGUGUUUGCACGAAGGUAUCCCUCUUUAGAUUGAGAUUUUAUUGAGGUUUCCUGUUAACUAGACCCUUUGCGGAAUUUGCCAGGUUUCUUGCUUAUCACGGUUAAGAAAGUCUCAAGCUUUUUCUAGAUUUUAGGACUUCCACAACCAAAAUUUUCAGCUAUGAGUGCAUCAUGGGCAGAUGCAGCUGACUCAGACCGUGAAGUGAAUCCCUUUGGAGACGAUGCUGAUCAGGAGAACACUAGCAUUGACUUUGACGACUACGAAGAUACUCCCAUUGAGACCAGUGGGGAAGACGUGCCUCCUCCCGUUCACGCAUUUGCAGACAUUGAGCUCGGUGAGGCGUUGAAUCUCAACAUCAAGAGGUGCAAGUAUGUGACGCCAACGCCAGUACAGCGUCACGCCAUCCCCAUACUGCUUGCCGAGAGGGAUUUGAUGGCUUGUGCUCAGACAGGGUCUGGUAAAACGGCUGCGUUUUGCUUUCCGAUCAUUAGGGGAAUCAUGAGAGAUCUGCAUGGGGAGAGACCUCCUGGUUCGCGGACUCUUUACCCUCUUGCACUCAUCCUCUCACCAUCAAGGGAGCUAGCAAGCCAGAUACAUGAUAAAGCCAAAAAGUUCUCCUACCAAACUGGUGUGAAGGUUGUUGUUGCUUAUGGAGGAACACCUAUUGACCAGCAGCUCAUGGAACUGGAGAAGGGAGUUGAUAUCCUUGUGGCAACACCUGGCCGGUUAAAUGAUUUGCUAGAGAGAGCUACAGUCUCAAUGCAGAUGAUUAAAUUUUUAGCUCUUGAUGAAGCGGACAGGAUGCUGGACAUGGGGUUUGAACCACAAAUCAGAAAGAUUGUUGAACAGAUGGACAUGCCUCCACGUGGAGUCAGACAGACAAUGUUGUUCAGCGCUACGUUUCCAAGAGAGAUCCAGAGACUAGCAUCUGAUUUCCUGUCAAACUACAUAUUCUUGGCUGUGGGAAGGGUUGGUUCAAGCACUGAUUCAAUCACCCUAAAGGUUGAGUAUGUCCAUGAUUCUGACAAGAGAAGCCAUCUCAUGGCCUUGCUACACGCUCAGAGAGAGAAUGGCACCGAGCAGUCAUUGACAUUGGUUUUUGUGGAGACAAAGAGAGGAGCUGACACUUUGGAAAAUUGGUUGUGCAUGAAUGAGUUUCCAGCAACCUCUAUUCACGGCGAUAGAACACAACAGGAAAGAGAAGAGGCACUGAAGUCAUUCAAGAGUGGGAGGACACCCAUUAUGGUUGCAACAGACGUGGCGGCACGUGGUCUUGACAUUCCACACGUGGCUCACGUAGUGAACUUUGAUCUACCGAAUGAUAUCGAUGAGUUUGUCCACCGUAUUGUACGGACAUGGCGUGAAGGCGAAUCUGGUGUAGCGACCACAUUCUUCAAUGAGAACAAUGCAUCAUUGGCUAGGGAGCUCGCUGAGGUUAUGCAAGAAGCCGAUCAAAAGGUGCCUGAGUGGCUCACAAGAUAUGCUUAAGAAACGGUUUGGUGGCCGUGACUUGAGAAGGGAAGGGCUCUUCUUCUUGGGUUUCCGUUGUUGUUGACAAUGUUUCUUGUGAAAUACAAUCUCUCACUAUAUAGUCUGAGAGUUCUUAUGCUUACAGAAAACUGCAGUAAAAGUGUCUUUAACAUUUGGAUUCAACUGCUAUUGUUUGUCAUGCUUCUCAAGUAGUUCCUCUUAGCUGCUCUGUCAUUGGUUAGUUUAAAACUGAAAAAGUUUGAUUCUUUUGAUACUUGAGAUUGUACUGUGAAUGUUUGGAAAGUGAAUCACGGUGCUUGCAGCCAAGAU